AUGAAAUCCGACCACGCUAUCCGAAAAACAGAAAUGGUGACAUUCUUUAUGCCGCACCCGUUAGUAUAUUUAACGCGGCGCCUCAUGCCGAAAGUCAAAGUUGCUCUACAAUGUCUCGGCUGUGAUCUCCAGCUGGAUACAAAGAAGGACCACAACGUUAAUACGAAUGUGAAUCGAGCGAAGAAACGAUGCUAUCUUUGCCCAGCAAAACCUGGACGUAAGUCUUUGUUGGCAGCUAUACGAAAACGUCGUGCCGAUGAUCAACAAAUUGAUGAAGAAUUUACAUCUGAAGAAUCAGAUUCCGAAGGUUACGAUAUUGAUUUAAUGAGAAAACGUAAUGAUAGUGACGUUGAUGAUGAAGAUGGCGACGGAACAGUGGACCAGAGUGGAACAGAUCUUGAUGACUUGAUUAAAUCAGAUGACAACAAGAACGAUCAAUCAGCUGAGACAAGUGAAUCAAUCGAAGAAAAAAAAAGAAGUUACGAUGAGUCAGAAGAUGAGACUUCAAGUAGUUCAAGCGACGAUGAUUGA